GCCUUUGGCUGGCAGAGAGCCACUGGUGCGCAGGCGCCUUGGCCGGUGGAGGGCGCCGCUAGUGCGCAGGCGCCCUGGCUGGCCUGGGGAAGGGUUUGAGGUGAGAGCGGGUCCGUCCCUUUUAUGGUUCCGGCUCUGGCAGAAACCAGAAUGGAGGUAGAUCCCAGCUCAGCAGCUGAAACCAAGACCAGCAACAGUACGGAGAAGACCAGGACCUUUGGCACAUCUCAAUCAAAACCUAGAAAUGCGAAUCCGUACCCCCCGGUCUGCCGCUUUUAUUCCCGUGGGAGGUACUGCCAGUUUGGACGGAGAUGCCGAUUUCUGCAUGAGUAUCUGGAACCACAGGUUAGCCCCAGCGUACCUGCAAACCAUAACGAUGGCAACGCUGAUGACACCUCCCAGUGCCAGGGCAGCACGGAGAGUCCCACUAAGCCUGCAGAGGAUCUGGGCCGGCUCCGACCUGGGCCACCCAAGAUGCUGGGACCCCGAGAGCGGCCUAAGAGGCCGUGCCGCUACUACCUGUCUGGUUACUGCGCGAUGGAAGAACGCUGCCGUUUCUGGCACCCGGAGAAGCAGCCCCCUUUGCGGGACUGCGUGGGGCCCGAAGCUGCCCGGGUCAGCCCUCGGCCAGUGGGCCCACUAAUCCGUCCACCCAUCCCCCGCCCUGCUGUGGUCAAGGAUGAGGUCAAGCUGACAGAGCUGACCCAGGAAGUUGCCCGGCAAUUACGGGAGACCGAGAUCAGCCAGCUGAUGAAGCGCUUCCCCAAGGAGCAGCUGAUUAUUCAGGAGAGCGAAAGUGGAAAGCAGACCUAUUACCGCAUCGUGGUGGAGCCCACAGACCCAGAAUGGCCGUUUGAUUUGAAGGAGAUGGAUAUUCAGAUCUGCUUCCCAGAUGAAUACCCUUUGGAGGUGUUCACUGUGGAAAUCCCUGAGGAUCAGGAGCUACCAGUGUCUAUGGGAAGGCAUGUGUGUACGGCCUCAGAGGAGUGGCUACGGGCAAAGCAUGCCACCAACCGGUUGAUGGGGAAGUUGGAGCUGCUGUUUCGUCCAUACUUGCGAUGGCUGGACCGCAACAUGGAGAAGCUGUUCACCGAGGGAGCUAGACAGAUAAAGAGGGAAUUAGACACAGAGAGAGCUGGGAUACACAUUGUUCCCUACCAGCAGCUACGGGCACGUUUACCUGGUGCUUCGCAAACAACCGAGACAUCUGCAGGCCCUCGGAAGGAGGAUGCCAGUGAGGAGUUGUCCCAGAAGCUGCAGGAGGUCAAGGUGACAGAAUCGGAAAGUCCCGAAAUGAGUGGCACAGGGAGUGAGAUCAGCACCAGUGAGGAGGAAGACGAUUGUUCGAGGACUGGCUCGCCAUCUGGUGACCCUCCGAUCCCAUGUAAGGGCACUGCCAUGCGGCUUGUUGGCCUAGAGCUGGGGGAAGAGACGGCAACACUGUCAGCCCAGCAGAUCACCGUGUCACUGAAGUGCAUCAGGUGCAAAGUUGGUUCACAAUUUACUGUGUCACAGAAGUGCCCUUCAUAUGUAAGCUGUGAGAAAUGUAACACAGACAUCAGCGUAGCGUUCCAGCCCAGUGUAGUUCAUGAGCACUCAGACAUAAUGGGAUACCUGGACCUGUGUGGAUGUGUCCCUAUAGAAUUAGUGAUACAGGACAGUCGGUUUGCUGUGGGCUGUCUAAAAUGCUCCAAGGAGGGACCGCUGCAGGGCCUCUCUUACGGCCGAUACAAGGAGUUAAACUGCUUGCAAUGUCAUGUAAAACUCAGUGUUAUGGUGGAAGCUGCACAGUUUUACCAGAUCCAUGCCCAAUCACAGGAUGAAACUGAUGCAAAUAAUGCAGUUCAUCGGCGUCGGAAGAGACAGCCCCCCGGACCUGUUCUUCAGUACGGGAAGCCCCUGCCUGAGUUUGGUACCUGUGUGCACUACAAGAAGAGUUUCCGCUGGCUAAGAUUUCCAUGCUGUGGUAGAGCGUAUCCAUGCGAUGUGUGCCAUGACGAUGACCAAGACCAUGUGAUGGAGAUGGCCAAUCGAAUGAUCUGUGGGUACUGUGCAAAGGAGCAGCCGUACAGCAACGGGAAGCCCUGCAUUUCCUGCAGAGCCAUAAUGACAAAAGGCUUCCACUCCAGUCACUGGGAGGGAGGUCAAGGCUGUCGCAACCGAAUCAAGAUGAGUCACAAAGACAAACAGAAAUAUUCAAACUCCAUGAAAACAGUGUCACGCCGAUCCCAGCGUCAGCAUCAGAAAUGAGCAAUGAGGCCCCUGACUAGAGAUCUCGAACUUGGAUUGUGGCCUUAGUAAUGACUCCAUGAGUAGGUGUGGUGUGCACGCGUGGUUCUUUUUUUAACCCCAAUUGUUUCUCUCUCCAUUGAGAUGGUGAAAAGAUAAACGUUAUUUUCAGAUUUUAAAGAAACAAGCUGAUCUUGUGGAGGUUGGGGGGGAUGGUGGAGCAGCCCCAGGAAAGAGGAACGGGACAGCUUUUAGUUUGAUCUCUAGGAUUUACACUAGCAGCCACCUUCUCUCACCAACCCCUCCCCCCAACCCCAUAGAUACCUGUGGAUGAGAAACACAGUCGGCAGGAAGCCAUUGUUUACUGUAGUCCAGCUCCCCUUUGAGUCCCGGGUUCAGCCGAGUUUGUGCCACCACAUCAAGAAGGAAGAAGUUCCAGAUGUGAUGAUGAUUCUCCUGCUAGCGUAGCUGCAUUUAUGCUGACAAUGGUGAAACCAUGUGUGCACUCAGGUGUGUGGUUCAGAUGUGACUCUCAAACUGCCAGAUAUAAUCUGGCACAGAGGCCUCCCUCCUUUCACUGGCCUAGGGGGCAGUGCAGUUCAUUCUGUCUGCGAUUUUAAACUGGGUGUAGAAAUUUGAGUAAGGCACUGUAGGACAGCCCAGCAUUGACCCCCUGCACAGACUCUGGAUGGUGUCUCAACUCUAGGUCCAGGCUGCUCCUCAUGACUGGAGCUUGCAGACAGAAAUUGUGUUAAAAUUUUGGUUUUGGAAUGUUAGCAGGUUAUCACUGUGGUGAUCCUCAUUUAAUUUGGCUGUUUUAUAAAAUGCAGUCACAUCUCCUUCCAUGCAACAUGUUGCCAAACCAACAAUAAGCAAGGAAGCCGUCCUGGGCCUGGAAAUGAUGAUAGCAGGGAAGGUUAUAACCCUCCCUUGGUUAAGCCUGGGCAUCUGACUAGGAUUAAGAGCAGUGGGCAGUGCCAGUGUGGAAAUGCGUAAGUAAUACUGUGUCUGAUUUUAUCCGUCCCAGUCUCGAAGAGCUUGCUAGGGAGCAAGACGCUGUUUCCCAAGUGAGCAUGUUAUUCCUUGCUUGUAUUAUGCUUGGGACUCUUGUACAGACCUGGUGCAGUUAUUCCCAAAUGAUAUACUGACAGCAUGUUGGAGGCUGCAGGAGGCCAUUCAGCCCCUGAAUUGGCUCACCUGUUCAAUGCAGCAAAGCCAGAUCCUACCCCUUAAAACCCUCAGCUGAAAAAAUUCUCUGAAGUGAGCUCUGAGUUUCGAUAAUGAGAACAUGCCAGAUAUUUGUCAUAUUGAGGCAAUGCAGUUGAGCUCUUUCUGACCACUCUGCGCACAUACUGCCUUCCAGCAGAUGGCAGCAGUUCCUCCUUUCCAAGUCAAGGGACCCAGAAGCUGAUCACAGUCUCCUCAGCAUCGGCAUAGGCUCAAAACAUCACUGUUUCCUAACGCCGUGUGCCACAGUUCCCCAGCCAGGGAGCGUUGACUCCAGGACCUUCAAGAUCAAUUUACCGAGGUUGUAGAAAUUUAAGAAAGUAAACUCAAUUCACCAGGGUAUUAUAAAGAAUGUGGAAUGCACUGGAUAGUUGUUUUGAGUUUGUCCUUUUGCCUGUUCAGUUGCAGAUUUGAUUCCACAAAUAAUGUCUGACAGUUGCUACCUCUGGGAGUUCUCUUUUGUGCAAAUAAAUUUAAAUCCUGAUGUGAAAACCCAGCAUUUCCCAUUUUGGAUAACGAAAUUGCCGAAUCACCCUUCUUAACCAGGUCUCAAUUUUAUCCUGAGUUUAUAGCCUUGUGCAGACUAUCUUACCCACCUCCAUGUUGUCGUGUCUUGUGUUCAGGUUCACUCCUGAGAAAGAAUAAGAACCACCUGACAGUCCACCAUUAAAAGCAUCACCAGCAAUGCUAACCUGAUUCUAACUGUUACUUGCAUAAAGGGGGGGGCGGGGGUAAGAGGUUUAAUUUCUUCUUCUCCUUCAACCGAGAGUGAUGGGUUGCAUUGUUACCGUCUGUCAUCCAGCCAGAUAUGGCUACAGGUUGAACACCGCUCCUGGUGUGAAUAGAUUCAGGUUCCAUCGACUCUAUCCUGUUCCCAUAUUUAUGUCUGAGCUCACUCUCCUGUUCCCAUCUUUUGCGUGAGAUAAGAACAGAAAGUAUUAGAACCCCUCAGCAGGUCUGGCUGUCAGUGGAGACAGUUAGCCAAGUUUGACGAGGUGACCUCGUCAGAACUAUUGACCUGAAAUGCUAACACGGCUCCCCUCUCCCAAGCGGCAGCCUGGCCAGCUCAGCAUUUUCCAGCAUCUUUUUAUUUUAGAUUUUCAACAUUGUCAUCUUGUGUUAGAUUUGUGUGUGUGUGGAGGGCAGGGCUCUGUGUGUGUGUUUGUGUGUGGAGAGUUGGUGUGUGUGUCUCCUACUUUAAGGUUUUCCCUCCUGUUUCUCAUUUCCAGUUUUAAAAAUACUUUGGACUUGCUCUUUCUCUCUCUCACACACGCACACUCUCUCACUCUCGAGCUGCUAUUCCUUCUUAGUUUCUUUGUCACGUGCUUGUGUUUCUGCCAACUGUAUCUUCCAUACCCCAACAGCCACCCACACAUUUGACUGCCACGUUUUUGUAUCACUAUGGAUAAGGAGAGGAGAGGGGAGGAAUCGAAAGGAAGCUAUUUCUUUGUUUAAACCAAAAGCUGAGCCUAAAGUAAGUCAGUUACCAUGCGAGUGUUCCAGUGCCUGUCUAAACAAGAAAUACACAGGUCUCCACUCGCCACAUCUCAGUGGCAAUAGCCACCAGUGGUCAGUAACCUGAAUUACUUGGCUGUCUUGGGGGUUUAACCCCACACAGUCCCUAAUUCUGAUGUGACUUUUCCAUAUUAAGAAAUGACUAAAUGUCCCUUUUCUAAUGAGUGCCUUUGGUUUCUCAAUUGUCCUGUCACAGUGACCACUGCCCAUUGCCUGAAUCCCCCUGAAAGGAACAAUCUGCAAAGAUCCUGCAACUCCACCUUGACGUCUGGCCCACAGAGUGCUUAGACACUGACAUAAUUCACACUUAUCCAGUCAGGUCCACAGGGCAGCUUCUCAUCAAAUCUUACGGCACUUUGAAGGGUGGGAAGUUUGGUUGUGCAGUGAUGUCUCUCGGGGGAGUUUUAAUGCCUUAGGUCAAUCACAAUUUGCUAGGAAUGCAGGCAGUAACUGGGCAGCUUUCAGACCACCUUGGUUGUACAAUAUCUCUGGUACCGUUGGAAGUUUCUGAUUUGCACUAAUGAUUGUUGAGGUUCCCUGUCCAGCAUUGGGAAGCUGGUUAAACCCCCCCUCCCUCUCCCAAAACUGAAGUUUAAAUUGAUUUCCUUAGGCUGGAGGCAGGUUAGCCCAGUGCAUGUUGUUGCUAUGGCUAUAAACAAAUAGUAUUUUUUUGGGUGCAGUAAUAGGAUUCAAUUGAGUCAUAUUUCUGAUUUUUGUGCAAAAUUGCCACUCAAAAGACUUAAUGUGACAAACACUGGCAAGAUAUUUUAAAAUAGGAAAAGAACUCAUUUGCAUGUAUGUAGAGUUGAUGGUAUUUUAAAAUAAACUUUAGUUUUGUCAGU